AUCAUCAUAAUAACAAUGACAAUGACAAUGACAAUGUCAAUUAGAUUUCCCUCUAUCUCAUUUUCACUUUCCCCUUUUCUUUCAUUGUAUCGCACCCGCUCCCGCCUCCUACCUUUAUGCCCGCUGGUUCGAUCCUCCGUUCUUCUCUCUCAUUGGGCGAUUCGCUUGACGACCUUCAUCGCCGGUCUCCUCACGACCUUCACCGCCUGCCGCCUCAGCAACCACCAAUCGUUGUCUGUAAUCGGUAAGACAGGGUUCCCUUGUAACAAUCUUGUCCAUUUUUUUAAGCUGUUAUCGAUUGAAAUCAUCUCAAGGUAUUGUAAUCGAACCAGUUCACGUUCUUUUCCUCUCCAUCUGUCUGCCUCUCGAAUCCAGCUAGCAUAACAAAUUUGGUGAAGAAUGAGACGAAAUUGAUGUAACUUGCACUUCUAGGAGCUGGUAAACAACCUCAGAAAUCAAUCGCAAUAUGGAAGAUCUCUUACGAGGGAAUAAGUAAUUGUUGUUGUUGCUGUUUUUGCUGUUGCUGUUUGCUGUUUUUAGUGUUGCUGAUUGUUUUUGCUAUUUUUCGAUGUUGCUGCUUUUGCUGUUAUGAUUUACAAUUUGAUUGAAUAUGGUAUUUGAUAAAAAAUUGGAAAUUUUUAAA